CUCGACUUUGACAUCACAAUACUCAGCACUCUCUCUGUUUUUUCUGUCCUUUUUUUGAAAACCUUUUGAACCUUUUGUGAAUUUGUAUUUUUACAUGGGUAAGUGACAAUAGAUAAAUUAAACUUUUGUCACCAGUUCAGAUGGGACUGUCAGCUCAAAUAUGGAUCAUAAUUCACUACAGCUAAGAAGAGGGCUGUAUAAGGUUUGGAGAGUUUGAGAGUGGGGUAUAACAUUUGGUUUUGGGACAGGGAUUCACCCUUGUUACCUUUAAAAAUACAAACCAAUGCAACUUUGUAACAACAAGGUUGCUGACAAUGGAACAUCAGCACAGCCACUGCAAGAGGGGAAAUCAAUGGUGGAUUCCCUCAUUAAGGUGGUGGCAUGUUAUCGGCACUUGGCCUCCUGUGUUGGCGGAUGCACUGACAGCUCCAGUCUGCGCCUUGAUCUGCGCCAAACACGAGAGCGGGCCCAGGCACUAGCACUGUCCUGCCGCAACCACCUGACAGCUCGGCUAAGAGAUAAAAAUUUACCAGAGGAUAGAAGGAAGGAAACAGAGCUGCUGUGGGUGGCGUUCUCCUCUUGCCUGGAGCUCUUACAUGCAGACAUGUGCAAAGUUUUCAGCAUGGUCAAGCACUUUUCCCUGGCCGGCAACAGUACCAUGGUAAAUACAGGCAUACAGGGGGGGACAACAGAGGUGGCAGCACGGGCCUUGAGCCUGCCUGACCUGCAGGAGUCUAAUGAUAGCACCCAGACUUCCAACAUGGAGAGUCAGGAACAGAGUCAGCUGGAGCAGGAGAUCGCGCAGGUGGACCGCACUCUGGAAGACAUGGAGCUGAAGGUCAAUGUUCUGCGUUGGACGGUGGAAGCACAGGGACCUCAGUAUGCUGACCCCAUCAGCUCUGACAGUGCCUCACUGGCACUGCUCUCCAUCGAUGAAGAGGCAGCUGAACGCUUUUGCGAUCGUAGCCAGAUGUUCAUGGCAAUGAUGCUGUGUGGUGUGGCAAUGUUUGCCGUGGUGCUAUCGGUGUGUGUGGUGUUCCUGGCAUGAAGUGUAAUCAAGUGCACCUUUUGUGUGGUGUAUGCUGCCAGGUAAACUGGCAAUGUUACUUUUUCUGAGAUCCCUUCAGUUGUGACUGGCCAGAAAUUAACAAUGUGCACGCACACAGUCUCAAUUGAAAGGUUUAACCAUUUCUUACUGUUGAUCUCAACAGAGCCUGCAGUUUUACAUCUUUUUACAAAACAAAACAUUUUGCAAUUAAUUUUGGAUGUGUUCAUGAAGUAAUUUGUGCUUAAUUGCAGAAGAUUGUGAAAUUUGUCCAAGCAGUAAAAUCCAGUGUUAUAUGUGCUUUAAAUUGUAGAGGUUUGGAGUGUGUGUACAAACAAAAAACUGUUUAUUGCUGCUCCAGUCAAGUGUUGGGUUACUAUGUAAUUCAGAGGGUCAUGUGGUUCAUAAUGCCAUCAUUUUAAAUGUAGAUCUCUAAAUACUUGCCUGUUUAUAGACAAUACACUGUCAACAUUGACACAACAUUUGAUCCGUACUGUUCCCUAACAUUUUUCUAGAUGUACAGUCCUCUCAAAACUGUUCCAUCAAAGAAAAGCAUAGGGCUUUACAAUGUUAUGUGUAUGUCUAUAUCUAUUUUGUUAUAUUAUUAUUUAGUUCAAUUAAACUGAAAUCAUUUUAAAGGUAAUUAAACCUAGAGAACUUAUUAAAAUGUUAAUAUUAUUUUUAAAAAAUUAUAAAAUUUAAUCAGUAUUCAUAAUGUGACCAUGAAAGUCCUCAAUAACUUCUGGUACAUGCCAUUUUCAGCUACUGUAUAUGUUGUAUAGUAGCCUACCAUCCAAUGUAUGGCUAGUUCUAGUAUUUGAUAUUUACUUUUUAAUAACCAUAUAAUAUAUUAUUUUAAUCAAUUUCAAUCAUUAGUUUAGUAUCAAUGCUUUGUUACCAAUUGUUAAGAAGAAAGAUUUAAUGAAUAAAGUAUAGAUUAUGUCACAAGUCUGAAUUGUAAUAAAUAAAGAAAAAAAUGAAUAACUACGAAAUUCUGACCCA